GAUCUGAAGACAUACAUUAUUUCAGAGAAACAGCUAGCGCGCCGCGUACAGGAAAGUUUGGUUGCUAGCAAUAUUAAGCAUAGUUAGGUAGAGGUGUCGUCGUCUCUAACUCUGGGUGCGUGCUUGGAGGCCCGCUUGACACUGCUUUCUCGAGCAUCCAUAUCUAUCCAUCGACGACGACGAUGAUGGCCGGCGGCGGCGGCGGGUUCGUGUCGCUGCUGGUGGUUUCGUCGAUGCCGGUGGCAGAGCUGCUGCUCAUAGGCGUGGCGGGCGCCUACCUCGCGACGGCCCGCUGCGGCAACGUGCUCACGCCGUCCGCCCGCGCCGACAUCAACCGCGUCGUCUACGCCGUGUUCACGCCGGCGCUCAUGCUCGCCAGCCUCGCCAGCACCGUCACGCUCAAAGACGUCCUCGCCUGGUGGUUCAUGCCGGUGAACAUCGGGAUCGCCUUCUUGGCCGGAGGAGCUCUCGGGUGGGUGGCGGUGCUCGUCCUCAGGCCGCCGCCGCAGCUCCGCGGAUUGGUCAUUGCUUCCUGCUCUGCUGCAAACUUUGGCAACCUGAUGCUGGUGGUGAUCCCGGCCGUGUGCGAGGAGGAUGGAAAUCCGUUUGGUUUGCCCAACAGCGUCUGCACAGAGCACGGCCUCUCCUACGCCUCAUUCUCCAUGGCGCUUGGAGGAUUGUACAUCUGGACACACACGCACGGUAUUAUUAAGAGGUCCGGCGAAAUAUACCGAAAGAUGAGAGAACCAAUAGUAGGCAUUUCUGCAGUGACCUCCGUGGUCGUCGAGCCUAACCACGACGAUGACUCUGUCAAAUCAGAGGAAUACAACACCAUCUCGCCAUCGUCCAAACCGGCUGAUGAAAAAGGACAACACCAAAUAUUGGUUCCGCUGCUUUCAGGAUCAAGCGUAUUUCAUCAUCAUCAGCAGGGUAGUGGAAGCAAGAGCUUGUGGCAGAAGAUCAAACAAGUCACGCACCAAAUAACGGAGGAGUUAACCUCGCCACCGACGACUGGCGCGGUCAUGGGUUUGGUAAUAGGAACAGUGCCCUGGCUCAGGUCUGUAUUUGUGGGCAGCAACGCUCCCCUGCGAGCUGUGCAAGACUCCCUCAAGCUACUCGGAGAUGGAACAAUCCCAUGCCUUAUGCUGAUUCUAGGAGGAAACUUGACAAAAGGUGUGCGCAAGACGAAGGUACCCCUGAUGGUGGUUGUCGCAGUCAUCUGCGUGCGCUACUUGAUCCUGCCGCUCAUCGGGGUGCUCGUUGUUAGGGCUGCGCGUGACAUGGGCUUCCUUCCGCCUCACCCACUCUACCAGUACACGCUCAUGAUGCACUUCGCUGUCCCGCCUGCAAUGAGCAUCGGAACCAUGUCUCAAUUGUAUGACGUUGGGCAAGAGGAGUGCUCGGUUAUUUUGCUGUGGACAUACCUCGUUGCCGCGCUAGCGCUUACUGUCUGGUCCACCAUCUUCAUGUGGAUCCUGCAAUAGCCACCAUGCAUACCGCAGAAUGAGAAGAGAGGAUAUGAUGCUGGUAUUCGGGCAAGCAAGCAAAGAACCAUCGCAGCUCUCGUCCACAGUAGUUUAUUUAGCUACAAACAGUUAUUAGCAGCUUGAUCAAACAACCUCUGUAUUUGACUAUUCUAAUCCAUUUUUACUAUCGGUAGUUUUUUUUGUUCCGCGACCUCAUGUACAAAGAUAUGUUUUUUUUGUACCACGUACUGGACCUCUACGCACCGCUGGAAUGUACCACGUACAUGACUCACUAAAGAAAAGGGCGAGGAGACCAUGAAAAUAUAUAUAAUGAGUUAUUAGUCUUCA